UUCGCUCGGCGGUACAUAACGUGUACAUUUGAGCUAGCUCAGCUGUUCGUUGUGCGCUAGUGAAAAAACCCACAUACCAUCCAUGCACCUGUCUCAGUGCCGACUCCACAAGCAGGAAAAAUGGGGAAAACGGCGGUUCUGCUUUUGGGACUUUUUACGGGAUUAGUGUCUCUGACAUUACAAGCAAUCUCUCUAGGAACUGAAUAUUGGUUCGAGGCAACAGUGAGGAAUCGUAGCCUAAUAAGAGACUAUUACAAUGAAACGGUUUUAGAAUUACAUCAGAUUCCGGUUUUGCCAGAGAAAAGAGGAUUGUUUAGUUAUUGUGGUUAUCAUUACGAACCUAAUACAUCUUCCACACAAGUGCCUUCUUCAUCCAUUGAUAACUUCCAGGGAGGAUUCAACCCUUCCGAUGUUGUAGUCAAAUGUGUAACAUAUAAUUUUACACAAAAACCAAUUCGUGAGCUUCCUGGCGUGGGCUAUUACAGAACAUUAUACUAUUUGGAUAGAUCAGCAGCAGGUCUAGGAUGUAUAAUGCUGGGUCUUCAGCUGUGUGGUGUGUUAACAAGUUGGCAAGCAGCCUGGACUGUCAUCACCGUCCUCUUCACAGACUGUGGGACCAUGUUCAUGUUUGGAUCAUUCAUGGGCCUGACAUCACUACUCCUAGUCCUCGCCAGCUACCAGUACGAAAUCAACGAGAGACCUAGCGUCCUGCCGCAGUUCCCUGAAGGCUACGUCCUGGACUAUUCCUGGUCCUUCUACCUGAGCUGGGCUUCGUUAGGACUCUGUAUCGCCAGCGGCAUCAUGUUCCUCAUGGUUGCUAGGCAAUGGCAUCUGGAGGAAGUCUGGCACAAGAAGUCGCUGGAGGAGGAGAAGAAACGGAUGCCGCAGCAACGCUAUUCCCGAUCCAAGCUGAUACCAUCCUUCUAAUGAAGACCCACAACCGUUACAUUCGUUAUAUAACCAUGCCUGGUAUAGCAGGGUUUUAGUAUUGGCCUAAAGUGAUGAUGAAAUAGAUCCAGAAACUACAUAUUCUGGUUAGUCCCUAUAUCUUUCAUAUUUACGAUCCCAAAGACUUGCUUUAUUAUAAUGUACUUAUACUUUGUACAUGUAUGUACUUACUACCUAAUGUACUUCACAAUGGUAAUCAGGAGAUACAUGGUAAGUUCAUAGUAAAUCAAUAUGAAGAAAUUUCACAGUAAAGUGAAAAAAAGAUUUCCCUCAGUUUAACAUCAGUUAUUGAUACUAAGUAGCAAUGCAGAGAUGUAGGAAGAUUAUGUAUACUUUUUGAAGUAUCUUGUUGGUAAAAUGAUGUACUCAUUUUGAAAUGAAUAGGGUAAUAUUUGGUAGAUAAAUGCUUUCAUGGCUUUUAGUCUAUGUCUUUACUUGAGGUACUUAACGGAUUUGUCUCUUUUCCUAUAUAGCCACAUGUAUGUAUUCCUAGACUCUCUUACUUUAUAGGGGUGGAUGGAGGAAACAUUUAUUAUUUUUCAUUUGGAUACUCCAUUUCUUCAUCAUUAACAUUAGGUAAAGCUCCUACGUUGUUUCAUCAACUAUUUGGAGAUUAUAGCCAUCGAGAACAAAAUAAUUAAGGAACAAAUAUCAGUGACCAAGUUUGAUAAAUUUUCCCUAACUUCUUUUGAAAUUGCAAGAUGAUUCUUCAACGAUUUGCCAAAAAAGUCACGCCAGUGAUAUUGAAUUCAUUUUUUAAUUGCCAUGUUUUGUACUUAACUAUCUCUCAUUCUCUCCCAAUCCCAUAAAUUCUAUUCUAGCCAUCUUUGGUAGUCACAGUGGAAAUUUAUCUUACACUUGUAUACUUCAGGUUUAUGCAUUCAUAUAUCUAAAUCAAAAUGUUUUUUCAAAAGUGUCAAAGGGUCUCAUAUGUGCCCAAGCUUUCUCUGGGAGAUACUUUGGAAGGAUUCAAAGAUUCUUAACGUAUGUUCCUCCAGAUUUUUUUAAAGGAGCAAACCAACCCGUAUUUCAUGAAUAGACUAUGUGAAGAGGACUUUAAAUUUCUACUGAUUACAAAUAGUCUCUAGGUUGUUCAAUCACGGCAUCAUUACUUCUUUGAGGAAAUAUAUGAAAUAAGAGAAAGUAGAUAUUAUAUAUAAACGUAGCUCUAUCCCACCUCAGGCACAGCAUGUAAGAGCAUCCAAAGCUGCAACUGCUGUAAUUCGACCAAGUAUUCAAUUGUCAAUCAAAUGUUGGUAUUAGAUUCCACAUAACCAAUGUCUUUCUCAAAAAGCUGAAUUUUUUGACAAGGUUGUAAGAAAUAUUGUCAUAUAUAUAUUGAAGUUGUGUGAUUGCUAUCUCGUGUUGUAUACUUGUUUAAAGUAGUUAGCUGUACUUUAUAAGCAAUAUCAAAGCAGGCUGAAAGUAGUGAAAGCAAUAGAUAUGUGUUUUUCUAUGGAUUUGUUUUCACUGAUGUGUAUUUCACACAGGUCAUUAUACUGACUCACACAUGGAAGUGAGCUUGGUAUACCAUGAAAAUUUGCAGCUGUAUCUCAAAAUGGUCACCAAAAUUAUUUGAAUUCUCAGAAGAUUUUUUCAAAAAUUAAUCAAUGCUGCGUGUUCUACGACUUGACAAAAUAACACUUGUAUAAUACCUCAGAGCUACAGCUGAACUGACGCCAAACCAACUCCAAUAUAACCGAUUCUUGGCCAGUUAGGAUAAUGCAAUGGUUUAUGUUUGUCUGGUGUCGGUAUGGUGCCGCUUUACAUCAUUGUAUGCCAGGCAGAGGGGUACGAACCCCAAUAUUUGCUGUAUUUUAUGAACUGUUCAGUUUUGAUUGCUGAAGUAACGAUAUCCUUGUUAUCGAUGUGGAUGAUAUACCAGUGUGUUACAUAGAAGUACUCUCUCUCUAUACUUGCUAUGGAUCAAAACUUUAGAUUGCCACAUUGUUUUGACUGCGUGUAGCCAUGUACCAUGUAUAUGGUACAUAGACACUAUACAGGUGACAAUAGUCAACUGUGUCUGUGGUGGACCUAUGUUUGUUCCUUUAAGCAACCAAGACCCGUAACAAGUUUAAGAAUGGUCAAAUCUUUGGAAUGUGUUUUUCUGGGCAUGGACAUCUUAUGUCCCCAUACUGAUACAUACGUAAACUUCUACAAGACAUACAGUACAUGUAAAAUAUAUUUGAAUUAUUUUACUGACAAUGUACAACAGUUAUUGAAGACCUUUGCAUACGAGACAUGUUUAUCUUUCUAUAGAUCUUCAUACUUUGGUGUAUGGGUAAACAAAAUAAGGAUACAUUUAGCUUGGACUUUAGGGAAAUGUAAGGUUAUGGUUACAUCAACUUUGUUUAAACAUUUAAUAAUUUGAAUAACUUUUCACUGAUGAAUCACACUUAUUUGAAAUUGAUUGUUAUUUUUAAAUGUAAAAAAGCUGUUUUGAUUCCUUCCUUUGUAAAACAACAUUGCAUAUGGGAUAAUCAUGAAUGAUAAAUUGUAGCCAUUCCACUGUAGGAAACUAUGACAAUAUAUACUUAUAUUUAUUUUGGAAAUAUAUAUGAUAUAUAAUAAUGUUUGAAUGAUGUGAUAUGUGUACUGUUCAUGUAUAAUUUCAAGGUGUUUUAUAGAAGGGGGUGCAUACAUGAAUAAUAAUUUAGUUUUACUUAACCACGCUUGCAGAGUAUAUCUAUCUAUGUAUAUAUUGCUUUAUAUCAACUACUAAUCUGCACGGUGUAUUCUGCUAAAGUACGUACAGUCAGAAAUGUUGGCAACAUGAAAUUCCAAAAAAAAUCAAAAGGGAAAUUUCAUGCUGCAUGGAAUUAAAUUUUAAGGAAUGAAAUGUUCAUGAAUCUCUCUAUUUGCAUAAGUUUCAUGCAGUUUCUGUUGUUUUUGUAAACAAUUUUGCUUUCAAGUAAGGAAUAAGCUUUGUUAAACCUGGAGCAAAUCCAGAUCGACUGUAUCAUGAGACAAUACAGUGAUUAAUUGAUUGAUGGUGUCUAGACCAAGUAACCAGCAAUAGAACACAACUGGAACAUGAAAAUAAGUAGUCAGAAUAUACAACAUGUUAUGGAUUUAUGUAUUCAUAGCUUUGAUGCUUCAAACUUAUAAACUUAUAAUGAUAUUUAUAAUACAACAUUGCUGUAUGAAUAUAUAAAUUCCUAUUUUGUCAUGAAUAGUGUGUACAGCAAAAAUUCUCUCUAAACAUUACAUUUCUGAAAAUAAUAGAGUGCAAGUUUGAAUAUUGUGAAUUUCACUUUAACAAAAAAGUAUGGUAAACUGCAAUAACACAUGACAGACGAGACUUAUUUUUCACCUACUCUGACAGCACUAAGUACAGUUAAGUAAUUGUACAAUUGUACCUCACUCUGAUUAUUAAGUCUAAAGAGCUUUAUUUUUAAAUCAAUUUUUGAAGAAGAUUUAUAAAAAGAAAAUGUACGCUCACCCAGGGAAAUUCCAAUGUGUACCUCUGAAUAGAAAAAUUAAAUUGAAUUCACUGUCAUGCUGUCUCUUUUGAUGGUAAUUCAAACUACUUUUAAAUUUUCUCGAAUAAUACACCACUUUAAUUGUUACAGAAAGGAAUUUUGAGGAUUCAAAUUACUCAAUGAUAUUUUGAGACUCUAAUCUUGCAUCGUGGUACUCCUAGGUUAUAUGCUGAAUAUUUCAAACUAUGGAUAUAUAAAUAUAAGCCUGUAUUCAGAUGUCAUAUUUCUGUAGUAUAGAAUGAAGUGAGAGAUAUAUAUUUAGCCAUAUGGUAUAGAGAAUAUUUCUGCUAAGUACUAAAAAGGCAUUACCACCCUUGUACUUAGCAUCUGAUAUGUAUUAACAUUUUGGGUUUUUGUGCAAGAAAGAAUUAAGACUAUAUGGUAGAACUUAAGAUGAAUUGAUGAUAGAUUGUAGUCAUACUUUUAGAUGUUCCUAAUCAGCUAAUGCAAAUUUUAUGCAAAAAAAAGAGAUAUAUACCAAUAUACCAAGUUGCCUUACAUGUUAAAUGUGUGUCAUUGGCAUGCAGCUGUAGUUUGUAUGAAUAGAGUAUUACAAGCACGUAGAGCAAAUUUUAAUAGAUAAUCUAGUUUCCUUAAAGAGAGGGGUGUAAAUAUUGAUUAAUACAUUCAUACAAAGUUUUACAUAACACUUGUAUACUUUAAAAUGUAUAUAUACUUGUGCUUGGUAUUGAAUACAUUAUUAUAUAAUGCUGUGAAUAUAAUUAUUCUCUUGUAUUUUGACAAAAAUUAUUACCAAACAUUGCUGUAUUUUAAAUUAUAAAUGCAUUUAUCGAGUUGGGUGAUGGAUAUAUUAUGCUAGGUUACUUAUGAUGUCAAUUGUACACACCCGUCCAGUUACAUGUCGAAGCUCAGUGAUGUGAGU